AGUUCUUUCAAAGACAUGGCCCCCAAGGGUGAAGGCGUACUUGAGUGGACUGAAGCGCUGGAGAACGCAUUCAUUACCAUCUUGCUCGAGAAGUUCACAAGGACGCAUACAACAUAUUGGAAAGCCAGGGACUGGGAACAAAUGAAUAAGGAGCUGGAAGAGCAAUUUCCAGGCACCAUUCUCGACGCCAACAAGUUGCGGCAGAAACUACGCAGACUGAGAAUCCAAUACACGCAGUUCACCGAGCUGAUUGCGCACACUGGAGUCGGCUGGGAUGAGACAACCAAUACCGUAAAGGCGAACGCUGAUGUCUGGGACAAGUUUAUUAAGAAGAACAGCAGCUUCAAGACUUUUCAGGACAAAGGUUGCAAGCAUUACACAUCAUUAAAAGAGUUGUUCAGGUCUAAGACAGCAACAUGUGCAUUACGAAUUUCAUCCACCGACCCACCAAAGAGCCCAUAA